AUGACUUCCGGAUUCGAUUUAUCUAAUCUUAAUACUAACAUCCAGUCUCACAGCGACUACAUUGAUCAAACAUUAAGUUUAAUACCAGCCAAGUAUUAUUUCAAAAAUGAAUUGAGGGAAGAGGAUUCAGAUGCAGAUCAGAAUAUUCGGCCUCAACCGAAUAAAAGAAAACGAAAAGAUCAACAAGCGUUGAAAGAAAAAAGACAGAGAACAAAGCGAUUAAAGCUCGAUCCCAAAAAUCUGAAAACUGUGACUGAUAUACAACAAGAAAAACUUAUUAAAAGGCGGUUGGCACAACAACUAAAUGGUCAAGCGGAUAACGACCAUCCGCCCGCUUUAACUGAUAAAAUCGACAAUAAUGAUGAAAAGAAUUUUGCAUCCGAGAAACCUCGAAAAGCACCAGGAAACAAAAUAAUAACAGUGGCCGAACGUCUUGUUAAAUUUCGGGCUGCCAAAAAAUCUGUUAUGGCAACAAACUCAACGUCAGAGGAGGUUGAAAAGAAACAAACGGGGAAAAAAGUAAAACCUAAGCAAAAACCAAACAAGAACAAGAUAAAUAACAAGAAUCAUGUAGAUAAAAAAGGACUUGAAAAUUUCGGUUCCAAGACAAAGAGUAGCAACAGCAAUACGGAUGCGGAUGCGACAGACAAGGGAAGCGAUCAAAAAAGUAGCAAAGGGGAUCAAAUGAUCAUUUUUAAUAAGCUCAACUUUGACGAUGACACGAAAAAACCCAAGAAGAAAAUUAGCGAAGUACAAAUGCUGAAUAAGUUGGAAACUAAAAAGAAGAAGGUGGAUAAAGUUAAGCAAGUGGAUCCUAUAAAGGCUGAGAAAAUUGAAGAAAAGGAAACAUGGCAGAAGCUGAUUCAGAAAGCACGUGGAGAAAAAGUCAAAGAUGACCCCAAAUUACUAAACAAGACGAUAAAACACAAUCAACAGAAGAAAAAGAAAAGUGAGAAAGCAUGGAAGGAGAGAGCAGAAAAUGUCGAAAAGAACAAGAUGGAAAGGCAAGCAAAGAGAAUGGAGAAUAUCAAAGCACGGGCUGAAGCAAAGAAGAAAAGGAAGGUUCGUUUAUUGAAAUAA